AAUAUGCGACAUGAAAGCUGUAUUGACAUGUUUUGUUGCCAUGUGUGGCUCUCAUGGGGGGUUUUACUUGAAUGCAGAAAGUGUCAUGCAGACGCUAAAAGUGCCGUCCGAUCACAGCAAUACAUCAAACCAUCUUGACGCAAAAUAAAUGUCAAAGUUUGGAAAGUGAAGAAGCAAGAAACUACAAUGUGUGCUUUACAGAACUAAAUAAGCACUGUCCUGGGGCAUAACGAAGUCAAAAUGGUUUGGUCAAGGCAGCAUUUCAAGAAAAAGAGUUUUCACAGCAGAAAGAAGACUCCCACAUCUUCCAGAAAUCGUGCCACUUUACAGUUCUGGUUGUGGAGAAAACGCAACGAAGCUUGCAUUUUGCGAAGAUCCAGAAGCCACCGACGGUUGCUGAAGAACAUCCGGGGCUCACGUCAACGGGUCCCCUUCAAAACAAAAAGAGGGAUAAGGAUAACGAAACCAGUACCAUCAUCAGAUGUCGCAAUUUUUGAGGCCUCUUCUCAGACCUCUACUGUUAUGAGCAAUGGAACUGCUGAAAAGAAAGUAGAAAUUUGCAAGGUCAAUAGUAGCUGUUUAAAUCAUAGUGAUGCUCACUGGGUGUCAUCAGGUGCAGACGUUUCUGGUACCUCAAAUGACUUUAAAAAAGAUUUGUCAGAAUGUUCCCGCAUUGUUCCUGGUGAAUGUUUGCACACAGUAGAGCUCAAGCUGAACUCAGACGUUGAAGUGGUUCUGGCCGAAGAAAACAAAGACGUGUCUAUGAACACUGGAAGUCCACAUACACUUAUUUCAAAGAAUAUUCGAAAAUUUCUUAAUGACUUUCAUAAAAAAUAUGGAAGUUUUAUUCCCUUACAAAAGAGUGAGUUAUUAAAACACCUAAAAAAAGAUAAAUCUGACAGAGACUUCAAGGACUACGAAAUAAUGGUUUUGGAGACAACCAUAGAAGAAAUGGCAAAAAUGGCAAAUAUAGUCCCAUAUUUUGAAGUGAAAUACAAGAAGCACAUACUAACUUUGGAUGACUUAUUAACACUGGCCAGUGCAAAUUGGCUUAAUGAUCAGGUGAUUAACAUGUAUGGGGAACUCAUAAUGGACUGGGCACACUCUGAGGUCCAUUUUCUUAACAGCUUUUUCCACAGACAACUCUUAACUAAGGGAUAUGAAGGAGUCAAGAGGUGGACAAAGCAGGUGGAUUUGUUUUCAAAACGUUUGCUUCUGGUGCCUGUACACCUCGAGGUUCAUUGGUGUCUAGUGACCGCAGACUUUGUCAAGAAGAAAGUCUGCCUGUAUGACUCGCAAGGAAUUGGUCUCCAGGAAAUAGCAAGGCCCAUUCUGAAAUAUGUGUUAAAAGAAGCAAAAGAGAAGAAACAAAAAGCAUUUGAAGAAGGCUGGACAGUGUCAUUGGCUGAGGAAAUUCCACAACAAACUACUGAGAAUGACUGUGGUGUGUUCGUGUUAGAGUAUUCUAGGUGUCUUACACUGUCUGCACCCCUACAGUUUUCCCAAGGAGAUAUACCAAAGAUACGAAAGCGAAUCUACAAAGAGCUCUGUGAGUGUAAGCUGCAUGUCAAGUCUUAAGAGUUGUUCAAAUGCUCAUCCAAACCUUUGUGUGAAGAAGUGGCACAAAGUGUAUAUUGCAGCUAAUUGAUACAGAUGUUUUGUUAUUUGUUGUAAUCAUGAACAACACUGUUCUUUUGAAGGUAACUUUCAUCACAUUAUAGCUUUGUGGUUGUAUGUGUGAUGAAUAGAUUCUCUGUAUAUGCAUAUUUUAUAUGGAUUUAUUAGGAUUUGAUGUCCAGGUCAGGUUUGAUUUAGUCUAUUUGAUGAUUAAUAAAUUGUUCUGAGUUGAAAAACACAAUAGUUUGCAAAUGAUGUCCACACAUUUUAGUAUAAUAGAAUGAUAUUUUAUAUUUGCAUAAAUUGUAGGAUCUGUAUGCACAGCAAACAAAAUAUUCCAUUUAAAUGUGUGCAUGCAGCUAUUAAUCUCUAGAUGUUCCACAUCAAAUAUGGAGCUGAAGGCACGUGUGAACUAUUGUGAACUGUUCCUAUGGAAACUGCAACUAAGAAACACUUAGAGGAUUUUAUUGUAUCUCAUUCUAAGUCUUAUGGUUUCAUAAAAAUGUGUAUUCGCUUAACAAUUGCAUUUAUCAGGUAAGUGACUAAUAUCUAGUUGAAUUGGAAAUCCCACUCCACCUCUGGGCCAUCAUCAAGGCGCAUUACGAGGUAGGACAGAAGCUGGAAUAAGUUUUGCCACAGUCCCAGGAACACAUACAGGUAGAAGUCACUGAUGUCAAUUUGGCAGUAGAUCCCAGAGUGGUUCACAU